AUGGUAUUCGAUGUCGGCGCUUCGUUCUAUCCCCGUCCGUGGCGGAUAGUGCGACGCAAGGAGGGGAUGAUCAUACCAGUAUCGUGCGUCGUCAUCGAUCUCCCACCUCCCCGUCGGGCACACCCCCAACAAGCCCCGGUGCACUCACCCCAGCAGGAAGGAGGCCGCCCCACCGCUUCUUCACCCGUGCCGCGGGGCACGCGCAGUCUCCUCCCUCCUCUCCCCGGGCCGGUCGGCCUGGAGCCACGCUCCCACGGGGAGGGCUUCCGGCCUGUGUACCCCGCAAAGCCAGCUCGGGGGCCAACACACCUCCAGAGCACCCCCGACCACGGCGUCAAUUGGAGAGGCGGGACGACGGAUCGGCGGGCACCACGGCCGGUGGUGCACGGCCGCCCCCCGAAGGCAGAGCCAUGCCCAGUGCCGCUCCGAGGCUAUCGGUCGGGCCGACCGAAGAAGGCGAGCGGGCACCCUUCCGUCGUGUUCCUGCUGACUGAUCCCACCCGGCGGGCGGUGUGCCACCCGGUCGUCGGGUUCCGCCUCCUGUUGGCCACAUCCCCGACGGCUUUGGUUGGGUUCGCCGCUUUCCUCCCUUCCUCCCCUUCCCGAUCGGCCGAGUUCCUUCUUGCUUGUCGCCCAACCCCCACCCACUGCACGCCCCCCCGCCUUUGUGGUGCCCAACGCUCUCCCCGACCGGAGGAGGAAGAACCCCCCAGCCCCAGAGGGAGAGGGCGGCCCCCCCUCCGGCCGACCGCGGCGCCGCAGACCCCGGCUUCUUCUUCUUCUUCUUCCUUCUUUGCGGCGCCCCACCGGCCUCUUCUCUUCUGCCCGGGCCUCCUCACACCAUGGGGCCCGCCGCUGGUGCCUGGGGUGGGCGGGGCGGCGGGUUGGUGGAGGGAUCAGGAUCGAUAUCGAUAUCGAUCGCCACGACCCGCCGGUUCGGUGGUCCGGCCGUGUUGGCCAUGCCCCCUCUCCCACUGCCCAGUGGAGCGCGCCGUGCCGUCGUCGGUGCGCUCUCCCCGACCGGUGGGAGACGAAGACCGCCGGGACUCUCUCUGUCGUCGUCCGGUGGGUCACUCCGGACCACCGUUCGGAACGGGGUCAACACUUCCCCGCGCUGUGUGCUGGUCGUUUCGGUCGGCGUCGGGGACCUCUGUCCGCGACACCGUCGUCCGUCGCGGCUCGGCCGGUGUGUGUGUGCCGGAUAGCCACCAGAAUGAGCCUCUCUUACAGCGCCGUAUCGUCGAUAGACCCCCCCACCCUUACCCCAGAUCCCCCCAGUAUACCCCGACCCGAAACACCGCAGCGGAUGAUAGCACCUUUGAGCUCGACUGGGGUGGAGGGGUGGUGGACACGGUGCUCUCUGUUGGAGCCCACACCCCGAAAACCGGCAAGAAGCGGGGCGGUCGAGGCGUUUGCCGGUGA